GCUUGAAUUAUAACUGCAGAGCGCGAGCGGGCGGUUCUAGUUGUGUUCUAGCUUGUACGAGAUUGAAUGUAGGCUUAAACCCCGCCCGCCUAGCUACCUAGGUUCUCACAGCGUUCAACAGGGAUGAAUAUCGUUUUGCAGAGCUUUGCAUCAGACGAAAAAGGAACUACAUACUUGUUUAUAAAGACUUCAGAAAGGUUGCUUACAAAAAAUGAUGCAACAAGAUCGAAAAAUAUGUCAUCAACUUAGAGAUAUUAUAAAAUUUGACAUAUAGGUUAUAGUUAAUUCAGUUGUAGUCUACAUAUUAAAUCGUGUUGUGGAAGCAUAUUGAUAUCUAGACAAAACGCUCAAAACAGAAAACAAUAGAUAACACAAAACGAAAUCUGGUUUAUUUCCAUAAAAAGGUUUACAAAAGAUUACAACUGUUGUUGCAAUUAAUUGUAGUUAUUGGUGGUAUCAUACUUAUACUAUUCAGGUUCAAGUAGUGUAUUUCACAGCAUUAUCACACAUCCUGUGCAGUGAGUUGUUCCAGCUCUUUAAGCCCAAGUUUAUUUAUUGUUUUCUCUUUAUUUGGAAUAAAAAAACAUUUUUUCUUUCAAAACAAGCCUUUAGAAUCACAUCACCGGUGCUGAAUGUAAGUUAGACAAAUAACUAAGUAACUCAACUCUUUUUUUUUACUUUGAGUUACAUAAACUACCUUAUAAAUUGUUAUAUUCUUAUCCCAUUGGACAUUUUAGUCUGUCCAAAUAAUUAGUCAAAGACACCAUGAAAGAACACCAUGUUCUAUUUUAACACAUGGACUUGCUUCUUCACAGAGCUCAGGACAAACAGAGUAAAUUAACUGUGACUGCUUGUACCGCCAAAGAGACUGAGAUUUGAGAAAAGUGAGCCAACUCCCCUGUGGGAAAUGAAUACUUUCACAGUGUGGCAUUUUUGAAACUCAACACUGAUUGGUCCGGCAACCUCUGAUGUCAGGGUUCAGCCCAUUCAGUCCUGGCUGAGAGAACUGUUAUGGAAUGUCUUACAGCCUUAAGUUCCUACAAACGUCCACAUUCACAUCUGCAUGCACACACAACACUCUCCUGGUUCUGCUCUUUCGGUCAGCAUGAGUUGUCCACUGGUGAUUCUGCUCUGUGUGGGACUUCUGCACCAGAGUGCGAGUGCUGUCCGUAUGGAUAAACUAGCACCCAACAAGAUCUGUGGAGAUGCAGAAUGCUCAUAUGUUAUCUCCCUGGCCACAGCCUUGGAUGACUUCAUAGCUCCUGACUGCAGAUUUAUCAACAUCAGAAGGGGACAGAUGGUCUAUGUGUAUUCUAAACUCAUACCAGAGGAGGGCGCCGGAGUCUUCUGGUCUGGAAGUGUUUACAGUGAGCGGUAUGUGAACCAGAUGGGCAUCAUUGGAUACUUCCCCGCAACUAUAGUGAAUGAGACACAGAAGUUUACAGAAGACACAGUUAAGAUCCCAACAACUAACAUGGACUUCUUCUGUGAUUAAGACGUGACAGACUGAAGCCUCUUUCUUCUCAAGUCUUGCUUUCAGUAACUCUAGCUUUUAUAAAAGUUAGGUAGACAGUCAUCUCUCGAGCCAGCGCGUCAGACCCUGUUCUAUUACAACCUGUGGUGCUGUCUCCAAUCGGAGCAAAAACCUGGACAGCCCUCCAUAGUUCACAGUCUGACAUCUAUCUGUCUUGCUUUGUCUUAAAAAGAUACUUUACUCAAUAAACCCUUUUUUCAUAUCAAUUGAAAAUGUUGAUAUUAGUUUUCCAGAUUGCUACUUUGACUUUUCAGGAUGGGUAAUUGUACUGUACAUUUCUGCUGACACAUCUAAUAGCUGACUUUAAAUUGCCGUGUAGAUAUUCUCCUGUUAUUAUCAAAUGCAAUUUGUAAUGCCGAUGUAUCCUUUUUAUUGCAGUGUCAAGGUUUCUUGACACUGUUAUCAAAUGUUUGAUGUUAUGAUUCCUUCUAAAGCAGCAGGUAGAGAAGUGCUGCUUAUCUUCUCUUUUUCAAAAGAAAUGUAAUCUUUCAGAGAAGUAAUUGCACAUGCAUAUAUCCUCAUGAAAUCCAUUCAUUGUCGACCAUACCCAAUUAGCCAUCAGGUUUUUUCUUCUUUUUUUUGCAGUUUUUGAUAAAAGCUCCAUUAGAUGUCUCAUGUUGCUUUGAAAUAUAGUCACCCCAUGCCAGGCAACCUUAAAAGCUCACAAAGGCUGCAAACGGCCAUUUAGAGUAAUAUGACCUUAGUAGCUUUGCUUUUUAUUGUGAUGAAGUUACUUCAAGGUUAAGUUAUUUUCCAUUCAGUAUUACAUUAAAUUAGUUACGUAAGUGAUAUUACAUUAUUUUGUACAUACAAUCCCUCUAAAUCUUCUGUAUCUUGUCUAAAUGUCUGUCUGCCAGUUUGCCUGUUUCUCACAGAUGCAGCUUCCAGAGAACUAUUAUGAUUAAACAUGGACUGACAUAU